AGGGAGCACAGCAGCAAUCUUCAUCUGACCGUCAGAGGGAUUUUAAACAGGAAUGGACGACUUUUCUUGAGGAGUAUCAACGUGGGAUUAUGGAGACGAGCCUGAAGUCGACCCCUCACUCGGUGAAGCGGUGGCAGCUCAGCGGGACGGACUAUGAGCCGCAGCAGGUUCUAAAACAGCGUGCUGAGACCCUCUUCAGCUCCUGGACCCCCUUGAACAACAAGAGCAGCAACUUUCAGUUGUUUGAGGAGAGGAUGAACCUUGUACUGCACUGGUUUGAUCUGUGGACUGACAGACAGCGGAAACAACUCCUGUACUCGCUGCUAGACCGCUGCAGCAAAUCACAGCUCAAGUAUUGUCGGGAUUUGCUGAUUGAGUCUGUUCCUGUGACUCAAGUGGACUUCACCGUGGUGUUGCCACGCUUCCUGUCUCUGUAUGUGAUGUCUUUCCUGUCCCCUCGUGACCUCUGCUCAGCCGCACAAGUCAGCUGGCACUGGAGGGUCCUUGCUGAACAGGACUGUCUCUGGGCCGACCGCUGCAUCCGAAGAGGCUGGUUCCUACCCUACACUCCUUCAGACAGGGAAUACGGAGCAUGGAAGAGCCACUACGUCUCCUGUGUCUCCUCUCUGGACUGGCUAACUCCUCGAGAGGCAGCUGAGCAGUAUGGGACGCUCAACCAACAAAGCACAGGGGUGACAGAGGAGGAGGAAGAGAGGAACAAGGAGAGGAGAAUCAGGCAGAUGAUCAGGGACAAACUGCAGGAGGAGAAGAGAGAAUCUAUACGAACGAGGAGAGCUUGGGGCAGCAACACAAAGCUCGAUGGAGCCAAAGGUGGAAGAAACCAGACAUGUAGGUCAAGAAUUGGUCUUUCUAGCUCUUGGCCCUCCCUUCCCUGGCGUCAAGGAACUGUUGGGUCUCCCAGACUCAGUCUCAGCCUGGACGAUGGACAUCAUAUGUCUGCGUUUCCAAGCCUGGAGAGAGCACCAGCCUCCAGUGCAAGCAGCACAAGAGUGAGCAAAGCCAGUGGAACUUUAUCCUCCUUCACCUUUAGACCUGCACUCCCACAAGCAGCCCCCCACAUCCACCACCCUGUCCCCCCUCUGCUACUGCUGAUGUCCAGCAGAAUCCCAGCCUACGAGCUGCUGCUGAGCGGUGCGAAGGCUGGAGUGAUCGUGGUUCUGUACGACCACAGAGGGACUCUCUCUGCUCUGUUAACCCAGGCUGAGAGGGCUGUUUCUGGGCAGAGAGUUCAGAGGCUGGGCCUGCUAGCUCCUGGAGUAACGGAGGAAAUCAAUCUGCUUCAUGGCUGUAGCCUUUCAGAGAGGACACUUCUCACCCCUGACCACAGAGAAUUCUGGGAAAAACUGUCUGGCUGGGUUGCACCACCAGAGGACGGAGGAGGGAUUGAUAUCUUCUCUCCACUGGCUGCAUCAGCGUCAGGAUUGGCCCUCAUGCAGAAUCUCUCUACUUUAACCGGUCAGGAGGUGAAAGCACCAAUGGGUUUUGGGACUGGAAGCUUUCAGAAUAUCUUGAGUGAGUGGUCUGAUGGCAGCAUAAGCACCGGACUCUGCAACCAGCAUUCAAACACCCCUGCUCUGCACUAUGUACAUGAGAGUGUCCUGCAGAGCUGGUGCAGACAGGCUCAGUGGAUGGAGGAGGCUCUGGGUGACCUAAGGAACCACCUGGGACCACAUCUACAGCAGGCCAGCCUGCAGGCCAGGGGCCGCGCUCUGGGUCGUUUUGUGUGGGAGGAGAUCUGCCUGGAGGAGCGAUGUGUGUCCAAGGAAGUGAAGGAGGCUCUGACUGAGGGGCUCGCUGCAAUCACAAGACAGCGAGAGCCCAGACCUGUGGAGUUUCUUGCCUUCUUUCUAAAGAAAUGGAGUGAGGAGACGGAGAGAGAAGAGGACAACUGGAGCUCACAGGGUGGCCUCUUUUCUAUUCCUGAGCAACCAGAGAUGGCUGUAGAUUGGAGAGGUGCAGUUGCCAGAGAGCUGCACCACAGCGAGGGUGUUUAUUUGGGGAGACUAGGUGCAGUGUUGAAGGUGUACAAGGAUCCUCUGACAGCAGCUCUCAACUCCAACAGAGCCAUUCUCAGCUUCGCCGACAUCCACAUAAUCCUCAGCCCUGUCGCACAAAUACUAGAGCUAAACAAGGAGUUUCAGGCUGAUUUAGAAGCCAGGCUUCUGCAGUGGGGAGCAGAGAAGUGUGUUGGAGACGUUUUGGUAAAACUCUGCUCGAAGCUGAGAGUCUACACCAACUACCUCAACAACUACACAACUGCCCUCCGCACAAUCGACAAGUGCAGGGAGACCAAGCCUCCGUUUCGGGCGUUCCUGAAAAGAGCAGACAGAACUCUUGCCACACACAUGCUGAGCCUGCAGGAGCUUCUGUUGUGUCCUGUUUGGAGAAUACAGGAGUACGUGACUCUCCUUCAAGCUCUCUCCGUGCACACACCGCCGGGACAUCCUGACCACACACACCUCCCCUUCGCCCUCGACUCCAUGCUGCGAUUCAGAGAAUUCAUCCAGAAGCUGAAGCAAAACUCAGAGAGAGACAGGCUGUUGGAGGAGACACAGCAGAUGAUCCAGGGCUGUCCGAACCUCAGUGAAGGAAACAGGCAGCUGAUAACAACUCAGGAAGCCACUUUGCUCAGGAGUCCUGAUGAACAGAUUCCAGACUCUCUCAGGACUUAUGAGCAUGUCUCUGAUGUCGGCCUCUUCCUCUUCAACGAUGCGCUUGUCCUGACGCGCCGAAACGUCCAUCACACGCCAUUCAUGCUGUCACAUCAGAGCACCCACACUUUCCUGGCCUCUGUAGCUCUAUCCAGCCUGGCGGUCAGAGAGACCAUGCAUUCACGCUAUGUGAGUCACUCCUUCGUCCUAGACGGUCCACGUCGCUCGUGGGUUUGUUCUACAGAGAGAGCAGAAGAAAGAGAGCACUUCCUGUCUGUGCUGCGUUCGGCCAUAAGGUCGGCUCUGUGAGGACGCCAGCAGGCGCCAGUGUGAAGACAACAGCAGCAGGAUGAGAGGAGGUUUGGACACCACUGGACACAAACAUUUCACAUAAAACUGACUUAAAGUUCCUGUGAGGAACUUUUGGGAUGCGUUGGAUUUGGCGACUCCUGUUGACAUAGUGGGAUGAUUCUGUUUUUCACAUGUGUAAGUAUUGUCUUAAAAAUCUCAUCCUUACUCUAAACUGCGACUUAAUGGAUCAUGGCGUGGAAGAAAUUGAAAAAAAAAGGAUGUGCUAAUAAUCACCUAAUAUGACUUGUACUCUGCAGCAGACAUUAAAAAAGAACUA